AUGGGUCAUGAAAAACUCACUCACGAUGCCUACACUGUCGGGUGGGUGUGCGUAUUGGAAUGCGAAUUAAACGCCUCACGAGCCUUGUUUGACAAGGAACAUGAAAGGCUCCCAGCUGCCGAAAAGGAUGACAAUAUGUACCUCCUCGGGGAGAUGGCAGGGCAUAACGUGGUCAUCGCAUUUCCAGCCGUAUACGGGGUCGGAGCUGCGGCACAAACCGCAACGAAUAUGAUCCGCACCUUUCACAGUAUCCGUUUCGGGCUGAUGGUAGGCAUUGGGGGUGCGGCUCCGAACCCCUCCCACUUUGGAAAGCCCGCUGAAGAUAUUCGAUUGGGGGAUGUGCUUGUAAGUCAACCGAAGGGAGAUCAAGGUGGAGUGGUCCAUUAUGAUCUAGGGCAGCGAAAAGCCGAUGGAAAGCUUCAUAAGAGGUCCCACCUAAAUAAACCACCGACGAUGCUGUUAAAUGCGAUGAAGUUGUUAAGGUCAGACCACCUUUUCGGUGGGGGAGAGAUGAAUCGCUAUAUCACCGAUGUCGCCCGGCUUUCCGAGAAACGGGAGGUUUUUCAGGCUUAUCAAUUUCCUGGGAGGGACAUUGAUCGUUUGUACCAAGUAGAUUAUGACCACGAGGGCGAAGAAGACUGCACGCACUGUGACGUGAAUUUGACUGAAACCCGCGCUCCUAGGAACUCUGAUGGACCCGUGGUGCACUACGGGUUGAUCGCAUCGGGGAACGCAGUCAUAAAGGAUCCUCGGUAUAGAGAUGAACUGCGUAAGGCCUGGAAUGUGGCAUGUUUUGAGAUGGAGGCUGCAGGGCUCAUGGAUAACUUCCCUUGUUUGGUUAUCCGGGGAAUUAGCGACUACUCCGACACGCACAAAAACGAUAUCUGGCAGCCAUAUGCGGCGGUAGCAGCUGCCGCAUAUGCCAAAGACCUGCUUCGCGUGAUUCUUCCGCAGGAGGUUCACGCGGCGAAGGUUGUGGAAAUGAAAGAAGUAUUGGACGUAUUAUCAAAUAUCCAGACGAGUGUAUCCAUAAUUGGCUCAUCGGUAACCGCCACCCAGGAAAAUGAGCUACUCAUCUGGCUGUCAUCCAAGGACUAUGGCUCUGAACAGACAGACAACCUAAGCCAACGUCAAGAAGGAACCGGGACGUGGCUGCUGGAAACGACCGAAUUCCAAGAGUGGAUAGGUGAAAGAAAUAAGACCGUCUAUUGCAGAGGAAUGCCUGGCGCGGGAAAGACGGUCAUGACAGCGGUGGUAGUGGAUCAUCUGCGAUCACGGUUUGAGGGCAAUCCUGCUGUGGGUAUUGCGUGCAUAUAUUGCAGCGUUCAAAAUGAGGCAGAGCAAACCCGCAGCUGUAUCUUUCUGAGCUUACUGAGGCAACUCGUCAGACAGCUGGCGUACACCCCUGAGAUGGUCAACAGUAUGUACAAUCGUCAUAAACGAGCUGGUGAUCGACCGAGUUUUCGCGAAAUAGCGGAUGCUUUACAGGACACGAUCUCUCAUUUCCGACGGACCUUUAUUGUGGUCGAUGCUCUCGAUGAGUUGCUGCUGUCGGAAAGCCCACCAAAGCAGCUUGUUCGAGACAUCUUCACCCUUCAAGAAAAAACCAAAAUUAACAUCUUUGCUACCUCUCGUUUUGUCCCAGAGAUUGCAGGUGAAUUCAAGCAAAGUAUAUUGAUCGAUAUUCGGGCAGCAGAAGGUGACGUUGUGCGGUUCUUAAAGUCGCAUAUUAGGGAGUUACCGGCGUUUGUCUCCGAAACCCCGGGGUUGGAGGAUGAAAUCAAGACUGGAAUCAUCGAGGCUAUCGAUGGAAUGUUUCUCCUCGCUAAGCUGCACUUGACCACAUUGCUGGAUAAAAUAUCCAUAAGGGACGUAAAGGACACGCUUAAGAGCCUUCCUAGAGGCUUCGAUGGCUACGAUAAAUCGUACUUGGAAGCCAUGAACAACAUUCACAGUCAAAGGCAGGGUUUGCGCGAACUUGCUUUAAAGGUCCUCUCCUGGAUUUGCUGUAGUCGGCGACUCCUCCUCGCGACAGAGCUUCAGCAUGCGUUAGCAGUGAAAGAGAAGCAUACAGAGUUCGAUCAAAUGAGCGUUCCAGAUAUGGGCCUGAUGGUGAGCGUCUGCAAAGGUCUAGUCAUCGUGGAUGGGGAGCAGGGGACAAUCCGCUUGGUUCACUACACAACGCAGCAGUACUUCGAGCGGACAUGGGGAGAAUGGUUUCAUGAUGCACACGAAAGAAUCGCUGAGACUACUCUCAGGUAUUUAACAUUUGAUAACUUCGACAGUGGCCCCUGCCCGACCGGCAUGGCAUUCAUGGCACGACUGGACCAAUAUGCAUUGUACGAUUACGCGGCGCGGAAUUGGAGCUACCACGUACGAACCGCGUUGUUUGAGGAGACAUCCCUGGUGCUGAAACUUCUGGAGGACGAGAACUGUUUAUCUAGCUCAGCCCAGGCCAUGUUCGCCGAACGCAGCCAAGCACGCAGUGAGCGCAGUCCUCGAGGAAUGACGGGACUCCAUGUUGCUGCGUAUUUCGGGCUUGAGAAGACUGUGCGGCUCUUGCUUUGCAAGUUUCGCCCUGAUGUGAAGGAUAGUUCUGGCCGAACACCUCUACUUUGGGCCUCUGCUCAUGGACAUGCUGCCGUUGUGGAGGCAUUAAUUGAGAAUAGCCUGGUUGAUCCGGACUGUGAAGAUGACGACGGCCAAACCGCUUUGUUCCUGGCUGCGGAUAAUGGGCACGGAAAGAUUGUGGAUCUGCUCAUGCGCCGCAGAGUUGACUUCAACCAUAUGGAUGCUGCAAAACAAACACCUCUGUGUUUAGCCGCGUCUAACGGGGAUGAAGAGGUGAUAAAGGUUUUUCUUCUCCACCAAGUCGAUGUCAACUGCGAGAAUGGCGAUGGAGAAACUCCACUCGUAUCAGCGGCAGGCCAAGGACAUGCUGGAACCGUGGAGCUACUUUUAAACUCCAGCUCCCCGCCGGCGAUUGACGAUCGAAAUAUAGCGCUCUCUCGCGCAGCUUCAAAUGGUUUUACCGCGGCGGUGAAAGUCCUCCUGGAACAUGGUGCCGAUGCGGAUCAUCGGGAUAGUACUGAGAACACGCCGCUGUUAUCUGCCGCAAAAUAUGGCUAUGAAGAAGUGGUAUCUCUCUUUCUCAGUCACCAAAAUGUCAAUCCCAACCCUGAAAACGCCCAGGGGCAGACAGCAUUAUCAUUGGCGGCCGGGGGAGGACAUCAGAAUACGGUGUGCCUCCUCCUCGGUGAUAGUCGUGUGAAUCCUGACCACAAGGACAAGAAAGGACUGACUCCUCUUUCGCUCGCCGCAUUUUGGGGGCACAAAUCGGUAGUGAAACUAUUUUUGGAAAUUCCCCGAGUCAACGCUAACCACACGGAUUCUUUUGGUAUCACCCCCCUGGCUCUUGCAGCACAGAAUGGGCAUGAAGAAGUUGUGAGACGACUACUUCGGAAUGCUACAGUUGACUCGGACCCGCAUGAUCUAGACACUGGCAACACACCACUAGCAACAGCUGCCCAAUACGGACGCGCCUCCGUGGUGGAGCUUCUGCUUACAAUACCGGGUGUAGACCCAAAUUCCAAGAAUACUAAGGGGGCCACUCCCCUAACCCUUGCUGCACGGGAGGGAUGGGCAGAUGUCGUCGAAGUGCUGCUUCUCGAUGACAGGGUGGAUUCCAACCAUAGGAACGAAAGUGGCCGAACCCCUCUCUCUUGGGCUUGUGGACGCGGCCAUAACGCCGCGGUUGAACGUCUUCUUGCCGUGGAAAGUGUAGACCUCAAUGUACCGGAUGGCGAAGGACGAACGCCCCUGCUAUGGGCUGCUUCGGGUGGCUCUCCGACUAUCGUGGCUCAAAUCCUCUCAACGAGGAAGGUUGUUGACCUUGAUUGUAAGGAUAGUAAUGGCCAAACCCCACUUUGCCGUGCCGCAGAAACCGGAGGCCUUGCAGUGGUGGAGAUACUCCUCAGUGAAGGUGCUGACGCAAACGCUGAGGACAAGGAUAGGAUGACCCCGCUGAUGCGGUCGGUGGAGAAUGGCCAUUUGGAAGUGGUAGAAGCCCUCCUGACCGCGGGUGCUUCUCUGGCAGGAGUAGACCAAGAUGGCCGCAAUCCACUGAUCAUCGCUGUUGAGGCGGGACGAGGAGCGGUGGUCGAGAUGCUGCUGAACGAUGCCGGGCUGGAUCCUGAUGCAAGCGGAGAGUAUGGUCUCACCCCGCUGGAGCUGGCUGAGGAAUGCGGCUGGGAUGAUAUCGUGAACUUGAUAGAAGUAUCACACGAAAGGGGUCGGAGUCCCACAGAUCGGAAUCUGCCCCCUCGGGCAUCUUUCGGAGCAUCACUAGCAGCUGCCAUUGGAUUGUCUAAUUUCAGACUGGGCUGGAAUUGGGAAAGGAAAUUGCAAGGUGUUUUGUCAUAUCAAGGUGAAAUGACAGAGACUGAGCCGAAAAUACAAAUGUUGGCCAGGUCACAUUCCCAAAUCUCGCUUGAUAACUGA